CCAGCUUCGGCGUCGGAGGGAGCGACGCCACCACGCUAUGCUGUCGCUUGUCGGACCAACACUCCAACUUCAUCACACUUCUGAACUGGGUUUAUUUGUGAGAGCCGUUUUCGACAGGUUUCCUGCGAUUGCGAUUGCAACUUCUGUGAAACGUGAGUUGAGCCUGGAUCUGCUGCUCUCGAUGCCUUUCUCUUCUUCUUCUUCUGCUGCGAGAAUGAUCCUCGAGGCGCGGAUUUGUUGACCGGUGUUGGACUAGGUCGAACCGAGGGGUAGGAUUAGAAUAAUUGUAGACGGUGUCACUCUUAGCUGCCGUUUUGGAGGUUGUAGAGCGUUUUUUUAAGUUCAUUGACAAGACGGUUGCGUGUGUUUUCGAGCUGUGGAAGCUGUGGCAAUGGCACGGCAAGAUGGACUUAGUUUACGAGGUUGUGUUUGCGUAAACUUCAUGGUUGUUGACGACCCAUCUGCUCUAUUCUUGAAACAUCGUAGACAUGGUGCUCACUGAAGGAGAGUUCUUAGUACCCUGCUUGUUUGGUCGAUUAGGGUCGAUCUGAGUAGCCUCUAGCCGCAUCGUUUUGGUUGGACCCUGUCGCAAUGGAGAGCAAAGUCCAUCGUCCUCGGGUGGUGAUUGUCACUGUGCCAUGUCCAGGACACAUAAUCCCCUCCACGCAAUUGGCCAAGUAUCUUCUCUCCAUGAGCAUCGACGUCUGCUGCUACAGCACUGGAAUUAACUAUCCUACUGUAGAAAACCAGCUCGAGGAAAAAUUUGGAGACGUGAGGAUACGGUUCCGUCCUCUCAUUACGAACAGCGAGUUUGUUUCCCCUGGAAAGGAGCUCACGGACAACGUGAGCUGGAUGCAAGGUCCUAGCGAUGGUGAGAUGGCGGUGCGUUUGGAGGAAAUUGUGAGGAAUCUGACCCCGCCCCCUGUAUGCAUCAUCUCGGAUUUGUUGGCGGGGUGGUCGCAGGACGUCGCCGACAAGUUUCGCAUUCCUAGGCAUGUUCUUUACACCAUGCCAGCGAGUGCUUUGUUGUUCUCAUUCGCGUGCUUCCCGUCACUUAUAUCACCUCAAGUGGCACCCGAGCAUCCUCCAGGCACUUGGAAUUCCAUGGUGGUGACGACGCAUGCGUUUUACGAUUACAUGAUGCGCAAUGCUCGACGGCUACAAGAGGCUUCCUUCAUACUCGUCAACACUUUUGAGGAUCUCGAAGGACGCUUUCUAGACCUAAUGAGGAGUGAAGUCAUCGGCAAACCAAAUGUACAGGUUCAGAAGAUUCUUUCAAUUGGUCCUCUGAUUAGAAGCUCCAACAUUGAAAUGGUGAGUGCUCAUUCGAAACCUUCCGCACGCGAAGAACACGAGUCUUUUGCCGAAGUUAUGCAUUGGCUGGACGCGCGGGAGCAGUCAUCAGUGCUGUACGUGUCGUUUGGAAGUCUCCUUACAGUCACAGAGACUCAAAUUCAUGAGCUCGCACAUGGACUUGAGAUCUGUGGAAGACCAUUUUUGUGGGUUUACCGCGUCCCAAAUACCCCCCAGAUAUUGCCAGCUGAUGCGUCGACAGAAGAUUCGCUCUCCGAAGGCCUCCCUCCAGGUUUCCUGGAGCGCAUCCAGGGGCGGGGCAAAUUGAUUCGUGGAUGGGCUCCGCAGGAAAAGAUUUUAGCGCACAAAUCGGUGGGUGCGUUCAUGUCGCAUUGCGGAUGGAACUCUAGCUUGGAAGCUCUCUGGUCAGGGAAGCCCUUAGUCGCUUGGCCUCUCGCGGUGGAGCAAAGACUGACUGCCAGGUAUUUUGCGGAUAUGCAACUGGCUGUGGAAGUGCGCAAGAAUGAUGAUAGCAUAGUGGAGAGUGCGGAGGUAGUACAGGCGAUAUCCCUGCUCAUGGAAGAGAGGGAAGAGACCGGGAUCCACAGCAAAUUCGACAGAAUGCAAGAGUUAGCUCACAUGGCUGUCGAUGAUGGAGGAUCGUCUAGGAGCAAUUUGCAAGUACUCAUAGACAGCAUUAAGAACCAACCGAAUCCUCUCACUUAGAAAUCUUGCAAGAAUGAGUCCGGGACUUGAGCAACGUCUCUCACCGGUGUAUUCCGUCAACAGAAGGCAUGCAGCACUUUUGCUUGUGGACAAACUGUUCUACACAGUUGCAUGCAAACAGAAGAGUAGUUAGUUCUUAGUGGAGAAAAUUUUCCUGAAAGAGGUUGCACACCGAGUGUUCGGAUCAUUCACAGCCUUUCAGGCAGCCAUUCGAUGCUUGUAAGUUCUACACAAGUUCGACAGUUGCGUCAUUGUCUUGUUGUCUCGACGUCGGCUGUAUGUCUCCUCUGGGGAAUAAAUUUGCAGAGAGUUGCUCCCACUUUUGUAGAAUAUAUUCCACUUCAAACCUCC